GUUACACGCGUCCUCUUUUACGACAAAAUCGCAUAAGCUCCGAUUCUUCCCCUGCACGAUGCGCCGCUGAUUUCUUCAUCGGCCUCUUCACCAAAAAUUCGCUUAUUCUUCGCGAUAAUCUUCGCCGAAGGAAAGGAAAUCUGCACCCACAACGAAGGAUAGUCAAAAUCCGUUGAUUCUUCGCGGAUUUUUUGCGUCAAUUUUGAGAUCUACAACGUCAAGAUCCGCUUAUUCUUCGGCUUCAAUUCUAGAAUCAGGUUUGUUUCCAAUAUUCAAUCGGUAAUUUCAUGGAUUUCGAUUCCCUGAUUGCCAUCGGAAGGACGUGAAGGAGAUUUCCCUGGCUGAAAGUGACGGCUUCGGCUGGGCUUGGUCGGCAAGUACUAAUGACAUUCAAAUAAUCUAAGCUUAAAUUGACAUUCAUAUAAUUUAGGAUUGCAAUUUUUUUUUCAUUUCUAUUAAUUAGAUCUUUUUUUAUCAUUCUAUGCUUUAUUUGUUUUGUGCUAAUAUGUCUUCAGAUUUUUGAAACUUUUAUGGUAUUCCAUAGAAAAGUUGUUGUUCAUUUGGAUAAUUUAGGUUAUUAGUGGUGAAAAAUGUUGGCACGGAAUUAUGUGAUUUUAGAAAUAGCUAUGCUGAAUUUUCUUUAUAUUCAAGCAGUAUCAAGGUUAGUAGAUUUGCUUCUAUAGAUCUAUCUAACUAUGUGCCGAAAUAUAUGAAUUUAUACAUAGUAUCUUGAUGCGUUGUAUCACAAUCUAGACGGGUCUUUUUUCUGUUUAUUUGAUUUUACUUUUAAUAACACAUAAUAGGCUUUUAAAGAUUCGUACUUUGUUUGGCAAGAAAUUGGAUUGGGCUUAGCUUUUGGAGAAUGCUGAACCUGGCGGCGACCUUAGCUUCAUGUUGGCUUAAUGAGAUGGAGAUUGAAGCACUUGACAACACCUAUCAGGGAGUUUUGCCUAGGAUAUUGCUGACCAAUUGACGCAAGCCAGAAUCAAUGGGCAGUGCUCCGGUUCCUUCUCCGCUCUCUAACCCUCUACUUUCCCAGAAAGAGAAGACCGUUGGCUUGGAGGUGGGGAUGCAACAAUGUAAGAGCAUGUCAUAUAUACUUUUUUGGUGGCAGCAAGCGUUGUUCAUAUGCAUGAGAGGUUUUCACUCCUUGGAAAUGAUAUACUACGUAAUAUACUGCAAAGUGGCAGGGAGCCAAGAUUAGAGCAAAUUGGUCUUUUGGAUAGUUGUUUCUUGAAGUAAUUAAGAGCAAGUUAACAUCUUGCAGGUUUUCAAAUGUUUGGAAAUGAACAAAGUGAGUAGAGUCCAGUUACUACAGAGACACUAUUGCCCAAGCUAGCUUUGGAGUCUCCUUUCACUUAAUUUUAUUAUUGUAAUUAAGGGUCUUAGGUUUU